AAAGGAGGCUCGCACGCAGUGGAGUUGGUCAUAAUAUUGAAGUCAUUCUCAGGUUUCAGUCAUCAGAAUGUGGCGCCUCCUCACAGUCCUAGCAGCACUGCAAUUUGCGAGCGGUGCACCCAUCACGAGCAGCUCUCAGCUGGCAUACUACAUGACCAACGAGAUUAUUUCCAUUGUGGAGACUUCGUUCCUGGAGACCGCCCGGCUGCUGCAGCGUGUGAUUGACGAUGCGGAGCUGUUUAUGCCACCAAACAGUCAGAGCCCGAUCUUGGAGGCAUUUGGGGAAUUCGUGGAUCUCGUGAAGGAGAUCGACAUGGAUGACUCGGUGCAGCUGGAGCUAUUGGCCACCGAUCUCGAUUAUCUGUCGGACAUCUUCGAGCUGAAGGACUCUGCGGAACUGGCCUCGGAGGCUGAUCGAAUGGUCAUGCGACUGCUGCAAGAGCAUGGCAUCGAUGACUUCGAGAGCACUCUGCUCGACAGAUUUGACACGGCACUCAAGCGAAUCGAGGUGCAGGUGGAGUCCUACAUCAGUGGCAUGUCGCCGAGCAAACUCCAAAGGAGAACAGAAUUUCUCGAUUGGUUUGUUCAAUUUAAAAACGAAAAGGAUACAAUUGAUAAGCUAACGAUGCUGCUGGAUAGUGAUUAUAUAUUUUAGGCCGAGAGAAACACACAGAACUUAUUUCAAAUAUAUAAAAAAUCAUGGCGCGAUCUAUAGACAGAACAGAAUUCAAUCUUUAACAAUAUUAAUUGACUAAAUAUGUACAGAAUUAAUAUCAAUAUAUAUUCUAUAAUUACAUAUAGUGCUUUUGAAUAGUGAUUAUAUAUUUCAGAUUGAGUUAUAGAGCGAGCGUAUGUAUGUAUUUAAAAUACAUACAUAUAUACAAAUUAUACAGAGCCGAGU